AUGAGAUGGUUUGGCGUUGAAGCAGACUGCAAUGUUCUUGUGUUGGAUUUAUUGGGAUCGAGCUUUGAAGAUUUGUUUAACUUCUGUAGUAGGAAGAUGUCUUUGAAAAAUGUUCUUAUGCUUGCUGAUCAAAUGAUCAACCGAGUUGAAUUUAUUCACUAUAAAUCAUUUCUGCAUAGGGAUAUGAAGCCAUACAACUUCCUUAUGGGUUUAGGGAGGCGUGCUAAUCAGAACAAGAAUUUGACAGGGACAACAAGAUAUUCAAGCAUGAAUACUCACCUUGGAAUUGAGGAAGUUGCCGUUCUUGCUCUAUUACUUCCUCCUCCAACAACAACCAUGGAUGAUCAUCCUGUUGCAGGGCUUCCUGCUUUAGAGCCUUAUGCAAGGCUCUUCCAUUGGUACUAUGUUAUUGCUAGUCCAUUUGCUACUCAAAGACUUCUUCUUGGAUUAUUAGAAGCACCAUCUUCAUGGGCUCCAAAUGCUCUUGAUGAUGUUGGUCAACUAGUCUAG